AUGUCGGGUACCCAGAGUCCCAAGGCGCCACGAGUGCGCCAAGCCCGCAAAUCAAUCGCACACACGCCCUCCUCGGAUAUCACUGGGAACGAGGAGAAUGCUACGGUGGACGCAGGAACGAUUGCGAGCUUCAGCGCGCAGGGGAAACAAGCAGCGAAGAAGAAUCGCAGCAAAAGCAUAGGUCCUGGUGGUCUCGACGCGCUCAAAGAGGGAUCGGGCAACAAGCAGGAGCCUGCUCUACCACCUUAUGUCAAGUCAAUCCUGAAGCCAACCAUAGCCUUGUCACCUCCGAAAGCAAUCCCACCUCACAAUCGAGCUCGUAAUAGUUCACCUGGCAAAGCCAAUGGGCGGCAAACGCCUGAGAAGUCUCCUCGAAAGUCGCCCGGGAAGAAACCAGCAGAAAAUGCUACGCAAGGACUACCCAACCCUUUUGAAACCUCUCCAACGCCAGGGGCCUCCAAAUCUCAUUCUCCAGCUCGAUCGCCGACGCGUGUUGCGGUUCGUACUGAGGAGGAACAGCAAGCAGCAGCGAAAGAGCGUGAGCGACGAGAAUUGAUCGCGAACAGGGAUGCAAGGAGAAAGUCGCUUGCAAAUCGAAGAGUGUCGUUCGCUCCAGAAGCUACUUUGCAUACAUGGAACGUUGUUGAACUACCGGAAGACUCCACCACAUCGUCGGCGUCAACAAACUCGACUCGACGGGCAUCUGCUCUGACCGCCAACGCAGGAUCACCUUACACAGCUCCUAGGUCACCCAUGCCAUCCUCUGAUGCCUCUGAGCCUCCAUCAACUCCGCCAGAGCAGGUCGAGGAAUUACAGGUGGCUGCGUCUCCUGCCCAUCAACGCGACUUGCAUCAGAAGAAACGCCGUAGAAGUUCUGGUAUUCCCCCUAUGAACUUCAACAAUCCUGAUGAAUUCUCUUCAAGCCCUUACAGCGGUGCUUCCGAUGAUACAGGAACUCAGACUUUCGUGACUGCCGAUGAAGAAAGUGACUCCUCAAGCUCUAAUGACAACGAUCUUGUCCAAGACGAGACCGUGACCGGAGUUGACGGGGAUGACAAUACGAUUCACUCCGCUAGCGGCUCGAGUACGGAAUCAAGUGGAAGGCUGGAAGCUGCUCUCCGACAAGCGGCGAAUCAAGCUGGUACCCAAGGCAUCGAUUAUGACGAACAUGGCGAUAUUACGAUGGAGAUGGCUGACGAUGAAGUCACUGCUGCUUUUAAGCCAUGGAUGAAGAAUGGAAACUAUGUACCCCAGGUAGUAGGUGACCCAAGCGCUCUGCAAGACCAGGAGAACUUGAAUCCGUUUUCGCCGGCUUUCAAAGCCAAUGUGGGUAGGAGAAACCCCGAGGAGGAAGAUGGAACGAUGGAGAUGACGCAAGCUGUCGGACGCAUUCUGCCGGCCUCUGUAGAGGCUCAGGUUUCACCGAAGCGUCGAAAACGAAAGUCUGUUACGGGCAACAACCGACGAAGAAGCAGCGCGGGCCGUCGAAGAUCGUCAGGAGAUGGCUCAGCCCUUGGUGAUGAAACGAUGGAUCUUACCAUAGCGAUCGGUGGGAUUGAGCAAAAACAGACGUCAAAUCAAGGCGAGGACAGGUCUGAUCAAUCUGGUGACGAAGAUGAAGAGCUGACGAUGGAGUUUACAUCUGUCAUUGGGGGCAUGGUUCAGCCUAACAUUAAACAUGCGAGCUCAACGGAUGAUGACCUUGUUAACCGUCAGCUGUUUCAAGACGCAAACCGUCGUGAGAGUAUGGAGUCGUCAAACAAUGAAGAGGACAUGGACAUUACCUUUGCAGCGGGUGGCAUUCUUCCUUCCAUCACGGAACGUACAGAGCCAAUCGACGACCAGACACAGGGUAUGGACAUGGAGAUUACCACUGUCAUUGGAGCAAUUUUGCCUGACCAGCUCAGUACCGGGAACAAGGCGGAGGCCAAGAUUUUAAUGGAGCAAGAGACUGAUGUCGGCCAACUGUCUGGAUCACCAUUCUUCGGCACGCCACGACAAAAGCCUGUAGGCGUGGGCUUGUCUGACGAGCGCGCCUUACCAGCCCUUCGAGCUACUCUACCUAAGCCAUUCACUACCGAAAACAAGCCCGAGCCAAAGGGCUCAACGGAGCAGGAGACUUAUGUUGGCCAAUCGUCAGAAUCUCCUUUCAUCGGGACACCACCACGACAAAAGCCUGUAGGCGUGGGCUUGUCUGACGAGCGCGCCUUACCAGCCCUUCGAGCUACUCUACCUAAGCCGUUCACUACCGAAAACAAGCCAAAGGGCUCAACGGAGCAGGAGACUUAUGUUGGCCAAUCGUCAGAAUCUCCUUUCAUCGGGACACCACGACAGAAGCCUAUAGGUGUAGGCCUAUCAGACGAGCGAGCUUUACCAGCUCAUGCUAGGAUAAUGGCUUCCGAGACUGGCAGUCCCAGCUUAGCAUCCUCUCAGACUCGCAGUCAACCCCAAAAAGCUACAGGUAGACAGUCCGUGACUCCAAAAUCCCACCAACCUUCGCCCGUCAAGAAGCCCGACACUCCUACGAAACAGUCUACGCCGCAGAUGAUGCGCCCAACGACGCCUGGCAAGACACCGCCAUCAAAGAACGUAUCGAUGAGAACUGCAUCACCAAAGAAGCUUUUCAAAGCUGAGAUCAAGGAGGCCAAGAACGCACCAGACUCCACUCCCAGGCGAGAUGGUCCAAAUCCGCUGUUUCGCAAGGACUUGGCCACUGGCGCUACUACUCCAAGCAUUGUUUUAAAACCUCGAAGGCGGAGGUCAUCUGGCCUUGGAGCUGAUCGAGAAGGUCUUGGCUCUCCACGUGUGACUGCUUUGCUCGAAAGAAGAGGGUCUAUUGGUGACAAUGCCAAGGCUUUCGUUGCUCAGGGACACAGUCAUGCUGGUGUUCGUUUCGAAGACCCUCAAGUUAUGGAGCAGGAGCUCGACCAAGAGCGCGCAGAAGACAAGCGUCGAGAGAGCGGACGUGGCAUCCUGGAGGCGGAAGCGGACACCCAGGAUCUCGAGGAAAAAGACCACACUGCCAACCUCAAAGACUUGAUCGAGCGCCUCACACCACAGAAGAAGAAACUCAAUGGCCGCAAAAGUCUGCACGUGGGCGCGGCAAAAGGUCUCCUUGGCAAAAGACCUGCAGAGCUUGAUGAUGACGAGGAUGAGGACGGUACUUCAAAGCGCCUAAAGGGACGAGAAGGCAGUCCAGUGAAGAAAGUGAAGCUUCCUGCACCGCCUCCAAAGACAGCCACCACUGGCAGGAUGACUAGGUCAUCAAGACUGAGCCUCGUAGAGACUGCGGGUAAUGCUAGGGCCGGCACACCUUCAGGAAGUGUCUCUCCACUGAAGACAGACACCACUCCCAAGGAUCAGCCUCGCUUCAAGGAUGUCGAAUCACGCAGUCCAGCCAAGGUCCAAUCUUUUGAGCAGAAGCUUGACGCAAGCACAACAGAUAACGCAGAGCCAACAGAGCAAGAAGACCGCAUCCAUCUUCAGGACUUCUUGAACAUGACUAGCAUUCGUUUCAUGGAACUGACUACGACAAAGAGAAGGCACACUGUCGUUCCAAACGCUCUGCUAGAGCAGAGUGCUAAGAAGGCCAGCCUCGGAGGCGACGACGCCGAUGAUGCCAAUGCCGGUGAUGAGCUCGAAAGCUGCGUUGUAGCUGGAGCCUGUACUGUCCCCAUGCUCGAGCUUUACCAGCAUUCUUGCAGGGAGCUGAAGAAUUACAUCUCCGAAGGUCGCAGUAUAGUCAAAGAAAUCGAAGCCGACACCUACGAAGAGAAUCCGCCCUUGUUCCGCGAAUACAUGUCAGCGCCUCCUGAUGUCAAGCCCAUUAUGGACAACCAAUUCAAGAAUGUCAAGACGCAUGCAAGACUUCUCAGUAAGGCUAUGUGGUAUGAGUGGCGCAUGAAGUUACUCGAUGGCCUCAAGGAGGGCUUGCUGAAGAUUGGCGAGGGCAUGCAAGAGGAUGAUAGGGUCCUGACCCAGCAGGAGCAGAUAAUCCAGCCAGUGCUGCCGGCCUUGAUUGAAGAGCAUGAACGAUUGGAGGAGCAAGUGUCGAUUGCUCAAGCGCAGGCGGCUGAGCUGGCCGACUGCGACCAAGAUGAGCUCAAAGAAGCGAGAGACAGCUUGAUGUCCAUUGAACGCGAUCUUGAAGCGAAGCAGAGGUUAGUCGAAGAUCUGCAAAGCCAGCUGCGGGAGCGAGAAGAUGGUCUCGCGGAUGUCGUCGAGCGCAAGCAAGAAUGCAUAUAUGAAAUCAAGGACGCAGAGAAGAUUCGUUCAGAUUGUCGAGGUUGGAGCUCUACAGAAGUUUCAGCGUUGCAUGCAAAUGUCACCGCUCUCGAAGAUUCUCAUGGGUGGACUAUCGUCUCCGCUACCGAUUCAGCCCUCACCAUGACAUACAACAGCACACUCCAGCUCUUCUUCACUCCCUCUUCCUUCGAAUCAAACGAACCACCAGCCAACCCGGAGAAUUCGCCUAUCAGUCUUACAUACAUCGCCGACUCCCACGGAUACCAUCCGCAGCCUUUAAUGACAGAGAAGCGCUUCUUUCUCCAGAUCAUGCGUGCACAAUUACAAUGCUUGCAGCAGUCUCAAACGAAAGUCAAGGACCUGCUAGCGUUUGUGAGUAGCAGCUGGGAGAUCGCUUCGACCAUCGCAGAACAGGCACGCCUUUUGGGCGUCAGCUACAUCACGGAGCCUACAAUCACGUCAGACGAGGUCAUGGCCAUCCGCUCGUUCAUUCUCUUAAAUACCAUGAGGACAAAAGUCGAGGUAGUCUUCGAGGUCAGGGUACGCAGCGGAGAUGGCGUUGCGUCUUUAGGCGUUGGCGUAAAGUCGAGCGCGAAGGUUCUCUAUGGAGAGGGUUUAAAGGAGAAGAAGAUGGGGGAGUUCCUGGAGUCGAAGAUUGCUGGGAAGGGUAAAGGCGCAAAGGAAAGGGGUAUUUGGGCGAAGGCCGUAAGGGAGUUAGAGGAGCGAUUGGUGGCUCGGGGAAAGAAGCAGUAA